AUGGCGGCGCCGAGCUGGAUCCGGCUCCGGCCGCCGCGUGCAACCCUCCUCAUCCUGCUGCUCCUCGCCCUCAACAUCUCCCUCUCCUUUGCCGCCAACUUCGAGGGCUUCGACUCCGACGACCUUCCCUCCGCGGCCGGUGGCCUCGAUGCUGACGAUGACGAGGAGGGGCUGGACCGCGUCGACCUCCCGCCCCCUCCGCCCAUCUCCCUCUCCACCUCCGCGCCUUCACCUCCCGUCACGACGACGUCCGCGCCGAACCCUAACCCCGCUACGCCUGCGACUCGGGACCCCACCCCGGCGCUCGACCUCUGGGACGAGGAUGAGUUCGAGGGCAUCCCCGUGCCGGAAGCGAUCCCCUCCGACGACUCCGCCGCGCCAGCCGAGGCCGACACGUCAGAUCCCUCCGCGGAGGCACCGGCCGAGGCGGCGCCGGCCGCGAAGAGGAGCCCGGCUGAGCUCCUCCGCGCGUUCUCCGUCGAGAUCGCGUGCGUCAGCUUCCUGAUCUGCUUCGUGCUCAACUACUUCACUGGGAAGCGGCAAAACGAGAACAUCGCGCUGGCCUGGGCCACCAAGUUCGCCACCAGGGACUCCAUCUUCGACAAGAACUUCAGCCUUCUUGGCACAGGCGACGGCAAGGACACGCCGCUCCUGCUCAAGGAGGGGCAGGACGUGUUCAAGUUCUAUGCCAGUGGGAGACGCUUCUGCCAGGGCAUGCUCGCCACCAUGGAGAUGCGGGCGCGGCACGACCUGCUGUCAAAGUUCGUGGAGCUGGUCUUCCCUAGGAAGGACACCAUCACGUUCGAGGUGGUAAUGAACGAAGAGGCCAUGGACCAUGUGAUUCUGGCUGUGGCCAGGAAGAAGGCGGCCAAGACGAUGCAGAAAGAGGAGAGGGAUCUGCAAAGGUUUGCCAACGUUCUCACUUCGGCACCUGCUGGGAGGAAGUGGGUGUCGGAUGAGCUUGCUGUGGUGGCCGAGUCUAAGGAGGUUGCUGGGGAUAUGAUCACUGAGGCUGUGCUUGAUCAGGUUCUUGGUGAGAAGGCAUUUGAGAAUUUCGGAAAGUGGUUCAUCUCACUUCAUCUUUCAGACCAGUUGGCAGGAUCCUACAAGAAGGUCCUUACAUUCAAGUUUGUAUUGCCAGAUGCAAGCAACAUGUCAGAGAUGACAAGAUUGGUUGCUCUUGUGCCAUACUACAUUGAUUUGGUUGGGCGUUAUAAGCUCAGCUCUCAUGCUCGCUCAAAAACUGAUGGAGCUAGAACAAAGGCCGCUCAGGAGGCUUUCAAGGAAAUGCAGAGUGCCAGGCAGGAGGCCCUGCAAAGGAAAAAGGCUGAAAAGAAGAAACUCAUGGAGGAGGCAGAUGCCAAACUAAGCGCUGAGGCACUCCGGAAGAAAGAGGAAAAGGAAAGGGCUCGGCAAAUGAAGAAGUCUGGGCCCAAAGUGAAGAUGCUCCGCUCUUAA